CUUGCUUGGAGAAGAUUUAGCUGUCGUUUGAGGCUCCGUUCUUUCCUGGUAGCACUCAUUUGACCACCCUGCCGCACCACUAAUGUUGACCGCGGCAGUUGGCCGCUGCAGAAGCCGGUCGAGGCGAGAUUUAUGAUGGAUCAUGGAUGCUUGUUCAUUCUUCCUAUCUACGCUAUGUACGAUACAUCAAAGAUCGCCCGAGACAGCGGGGGCAAGCGGUCAGUGAUGGCAGAAUACCCACUCAGGGUUGCGGCCAACACUCCCCCCCGGCUCGUAAGCAAGGCACGCACAAACGCGAGACGAGCGGAAAAGAAGAAGAAAAAGCUCGAGGCGGCGAAGUCGAGACACCCGAGACUUCGACGCACUCGUGACUUGGAAACGAAUGAAAACAACAUAGUCGAGACUGUGAAAGGAAACGUAAAGAGCAAUCUGCAUAGACGUGUACGGAAGGAGACGUGGACGAUUAUUAGUAAACUCGGUAUAGUCGAGGCGUGUGCGCAAGGAAAUAUCAGACGUAUGCGUAAGGAAAUGGAUAUGGACAGAAGUUGUCAACGUUCAAUUUUUGCUAGGCGUAGCAACAGGUCUUUGGACAGCGGCCACUGGUCGAUGGGGGUACCGAUAAAGGAAUGGUCCUUUUGAGCAAAGAACCAUCUCUCCGUGGCGCCAAGAACUUUAGACAUCAGUAUUGUUGGUAGCGUAUGCAGCAGUUCCUGAGCAUCUUCAACAUAC